GCGAUAUAUAAAAUCAAAGUGAUAAAUAGCUGUUGUAGGUAAUUACGUUCAGAAACCAAAUGUAUUUGUAACAUUCAAUGAUGGGGUAUUUUUCUCUGCUGAUUUUCACUUUUGGAUGCUUAAUAAAGCUUUCAUCAAGUGGUUACUGUUCAUACUCAACGUCAUGCAGCACACACGCCACUCGACAUUGUGGAACAUGGGGAUGGAGUAGAUGUACGUACACGAAAUAUUCCACAUGUUAUCAUCAACGUUGCUGUGGAGGAUGGGGCGGAUACCAUUGCAGCUACCCAAUUUGCUCUCCUUCGUGUUUGAAUGGUGGAACUUGCACCAGUCCUGGAACAUGUAAAUGUGAUGUUUAUCAUUCUGGAGGACGUUGCCAAACGGAACUAGCUGUAUGUAUUCCUUCAUGUGGCAGUGGCGGAAAAUGUAUAGGACCAAACACUUGUCAGUGCGAUAUCUAUCAUUACGGCCGUCUUUGUCAAUUCAAGAAAUCUUGCACAAAUAAGGCACUGGAGUUAGUGUUCCUUCUAGACUCCUCUGGUGGCAUAGGGAAAGAUAACUUUGAAACCCUGAAAUCAUUUGUUAAGACAGUUAUAGAACAGUUUGACAUUGCGGGUCAUAAAACAAGAGUUGGCCUGAUGACGUUCAGUCGGUACCCUUUCAUGCGAUUUAGCAUAAACGACAACAAAAGCAUGAGUCAGCUCCUACAAGAAGUAGAUAACGUGCCUUAUAUUUCAGGUUUAACAGAAACGCAUACAGCUCUACAACUUCUGCAGCAGGAAGGAUUCCUGGGUUCUAGGUCCCGUGUGCCUCAUGUAGCUUUACUGAUCACAGAAGGGAAGUCAUUACAUCCAAAUGAAACAAAGGCAGUUGCAGACGCCAUUCGUAGACAAGGUAUCGUUAUGUUCGUGAUAGCUAUUGGUGAGCGUGUUUCUCGGGAUGAACUCCGUAUUAUUGCAACAAAUCCGGAUGAUAAACAUUUGUUUUUUGUAAAUAAUCAUACAGCGAUUGAUGGUAUCAAACAAAACAUAACAACACUAAUAUGUGAUGUUUCUUCGCAUGUGUAUACGCAGCAGACGACACCUAAACCUGUAAAUAUCACGCACACACGUAGAAACCCGAUUGAUGAAUGCGAUGGAAAGCUUGCAGAUAUAGUGUUCUUACUGGAUUCUUCAAAAUCGCUGGGAGCCUCACACUUCAAAAGUGUAGAUCAUUUUGCUUUGGACAUAGUUAACGACCUUGACAUUGGAUUAAAUGCAACUCUGGUUGGCGUAAUAAGUUUCAGUACAUAUCCUGUUCGGCGAGUAACUUUAGGCAGCUCUAGUGACAAACUCGAACUUCUAAACUCGAUCAACCAAAUUCUGUACUACCCAGGAUUACGAGAAACGGACAGAGCUUUGCAAAUGCUUCGUCUUGAAGGAUUCGAAAACGACAGACCUGAAGCACCAAAUAUCGCUAUUCUGAUAACUAACGGACCUUCAUCAAAUUCGUUUCUCACACAGAGAGCUGCUAACGAGCUAAAGCAAAGUGGUGUUGAAGUUUUUACAGUUGGUGUUGGAGAUGAUAUUGAGGAGACAGAGCUGGAACUUAUUUCAACCAGUGGGGGUAACCAUACAUUUACAGCUCCGAAUUAUCUAGAAUUCGACUUGUCUAGCUUUGAAGGAAUUGUUGCGAGUGCAGUUUGUCAAGGUCUUCCGGUACCGACAACACCUACGACAACCACGACUACAACGACAAGCACUUCGAGACCCACGACUCGCACUACUACGUACAGGUAA